AUGGGGAUAAUGUACGAAAAGCGGCCUUUGAAAAGGCCCCGCUUGGGACCUCCAGACGUGUACCCACAAGAGCCACGACAGAAGGAGGAUGAGCUUACGUCUGCUAACGUAAAACAUGGAUUCACAACAACACCACAAUCGAGUGAUGAAUUUGGGACUGCGCGCAAUUUUAAUUAUUCUGCAUCGAAAAUCGGACAAUUCUUCUCCGGUAUUCUGUCUAAGAAGGAAGAACUAAAUACAUUACCAGACUGUGGUAGGAAGAGGCAACAGGUCAAUCCUAAAGACAACUUUUGGCCAGCAACAGCGAGAACAAAGCCACAAAUUGAAGCAUGGUUUAAAGAUUUAGCAGGAAGUAAACCUCUAUCACAACUUGCUAAGAAAGCUCCAAACUUUAAUAAGAAGGAAGAAAUUUUCAUCACACUAACUGAAUAUCAAGUAGCAAUGCCAAGAGCCGCCUGGUUUAUUAAACUUAGCUCUGCUUACACUGUCGCUGUAUCUGAAGCUAAAAUUAAAAAAAGACAACUUCCUGAUCCUACCACGGAAUGGACAACUACUUUAAUAAAGUUUCUGAAAGAUCAGAUUCCAAAAUUAGCUGAAUAUUAUCAGAAUGCUGUAGCAGGCAACAUUGCUGACAAAACUCCUCCAUCUCAAUCAGGGCAAGGUACUCCCAGUCACAAUUCUUCAGGCAGCAUGCCUGGUGGUUCUACACCAAACAGUUCAACAGUGCCUAAUUCUAUGCACUCACCUGGAAAUUCUAGUGGCCUCGGUUCAUCAACGCCGAAUCCCAAUGAGAGCACAGACUGGCGACAAGCUUUACGGCAAUGGAACUAUUGUUGUCGACUGGCUCGCUAUCUCUUGGAUGAGGGCUUACUGGACAGACAUGAUUUUCUUACGUGGAUAAUUGAGUUGCUGGAUAAAAGGGCUCCAGAUGAUGGACUUUUAAGGUUAUUCCUACCUCUAGCCCUGCAACACAUGAGUGAGUUUGUAUGCUCUGAGGGCUUAUCCAGACGUCUGGCUACCUCUUGUGCUAAAAAGGCCGCUGCUAUAUGUUCAGUGCUUUCUGAUACCACUCUACGAGCACUUAAUCAACCUAUCGUUUUUAAUAAGAAUACUGAUAGGAAUGGAGAAUCUAAUGGGGCUCCAAUGUCCCCAACAAAUGAGGGCAACGGAGAUGUCAAACCAAAUGUCUCUCAAAUAAAGCGGUCUGCAACACCAGCAGACACAAAUCAAGGGACACCUAACCCCAACCAUUCCCUCGGGACUCCGAACCCCAAUCACUCCCUUGGAACCCCCAACCCCAUAGGUACUCCUAACCCCCAACAACCAAUGGAUGUUCAAGUCAAAGAAGAGGUGGGAUCACCACCGAGAGACACAAAAACCACAUUAACCACAGUGAUACAAUCUUCAUUGAAUCCUGUACAAGUUGGUUUUGGAGAAAUACUUAACUGCGCGUACCACAGAGAUGUGAUAAUACAGCUAGCAACAAUCCUACAGAUAAUCUGCAUCGAGUGCCCCACGGCGCUGGUGUGGUCGGGCUGCGGCUCGGCGCUGCAGGGCUCCCCGCUCGACCUGCUGCCGCUGCCGCCCUCCGCGCUGCCCAUGCCCAUGAUGGACUCCGCCGUCACCGAGCACCACCGCCGCCUGGUUUAUGAAGCUGAACAAGAAAUUGCAGCGCGAAGUAAGAGAGCGGAAAGCAAGUGGUGUGAGGAUAAAUGGCAAACUAGUUCACAAGCUCGGGUACUAGCAGUGUUAGAAGCUUUAGACAGACACUGCUUCGAUCGCGUCGAUCCAAAUAAUAACUUAGACACACUAUACAAGGAGGUGUUUGCAAACUGCACUCCAACCAACAAAGAUGGCAACCCUGAUCCUAAAGAUCCGGAGUGGGCGUGCUCGUACGCGGUGGUGCGCGUGCUGUGCGAGUGGGCGGUGUGCGGCGCGCGCUGGGGCGAGCACCGCGCCAUGGCGGCCGCCGCGCUGCUGGACCGCCGCCAGCACCACCACCACCACCACGACCACCAUGUUCUAGGAUCUGAUGACAAGGAAUCAAUAAGUUCUGGUACAGGUCUUUACAACGGACCGCCAAUUUUCCAGAAUCUGCUUCUACGUUUCUUGGACAAUGAUGCACCAACAUUAGACGAGAGUCCCAACGCACCUCCAGGCAACAGACAGCAGUUCGCAAAUUUAGUUCAUCUAUUUGGUGAACUGAUAAGGCGGGACGUAUUCUCUCAUGAUGCAUACAUGUGUACUCUCAUAUCAAGAGGUGACCUCAUCUCGCCUACGGAACCCACAUCAUCGGGCAACGCCCACACAGUGGCGCCACCAGCCACCAGUGCCGGCACUAACCACAACAUGGAUGAUGACAUUUUUGCUGGCAUCGACCUCAAGCCCAAAAUGGAGGAAAAUGUUAGGAUGGAUCUAGAUGAUUCCAAAAUAGAUGACGAUCUUGAUAAGUUACUGCAGCACAUAAAGGAGGACCAACAAAACUCUAUGGACGCGCCUGACAGUCCUAAGGAUCCCGGAGAAACCUCACACAGUGUUAACUCACCAAUGAUGGGCGCCAGUGGAAUGAGUAUCCCGGGAAUGCAAUCUAUUGGAAUGGGUCCAAUGUCUGUACCAGGGCUGCGCGCGGCGAGCGCGGGCGGCGGGCCGGCGCCGCGCCACUUCCACUACACCACGCACUUCCCGCUGCCGCCCGCGGAGCCCGAGCACGCGCCGCACGACGCCAACCAGCGCCACAUCCUGCUGUACGGCGUGGGCCGCCAGCGGGACGACGCCAAGCACGCCGUCAAGAAGAUGACCAAGGAGAUUUGCAAAUUGUUCUCGAAGAAGUUUUCGAUCGACGUCGCUGAGGGUGGGAAAAUAAAGAAGCACUCCCGAAGCGAGUUCAACUUCGAAGCUGUCACUCAUAAGUUUCAGGCAAUGUCGAUGUACGAGCAGGGCGCGGUGUCGUGGGCGGUGGGCGGCGCGGUGUGCGAGGCGCUGGCCGCGUACGCAGCGGGCGCCACCACCUACUUGCCGCAGCCCGAGCACGUGGCCUUCGCGCUCGACCUCAUGGAGAUCGCGCUCAACGUGCACGGCCUCAUCGAGACCUGCAUACAGAUCCUCAAGGAGCUGUCCGAGGUGGAGGCCGCGCUGCUGUCCCGCGGGGCGCCCAUCAGCGGUCUGGCGGCGCCUCGCGCAUACACGUCCGCGCUAGCGCUCUACACUGUGGGGGCGCUGAGGCGCUACCACUCGUGCUUACUGCUGUGCAUGGAACAGACUUCAGCAGUUUUCGAGCAGCUAUGUCGCCUGGUGAAAUGCGUUGUUAACCCUGGAGACUGCGGCUCGGCUGAACGUUGCGUCUUGGCCCAGCUUCACGAUCUCUACAAGGCUGCUGCGCAUCUCUUCCACGCCCCACACGCCGAUACAUUCGCCAAUGCCUAUCCUAAAAUCAAACAAGCGCUUUACUCUCCUUUAACACCGACUCCAUCAAAUUACGAAUACAAUCCACAGUUUUUGAGCGAAUUCUUCACGAACCCAAGAAAAGGGAAAAUCGAGAUCUCCUGGGCGCGACAGGUAGCAGAGUCCCCAGCAAACAGAUAUAGUUUCGUUUGUUCCGCCAUGCUGGCCGUCUGUAGAGAAGUGGACAACGAUCGGGUGAACGAGCUGGGCGUGGUGUGCGCCGAGAUGACGGCGUGGUGCAGCAGUCUGGCGGCGGAGUGGCUCGGCGCGCUGGUGGCGCUGUGCGGCGCGCAGCACUACCCGCCGCAACCACAGCUCGCCGCGCCGCCGCUCUACCCCGACCUGCUGGAGCACCGCGACCUGCACGACGCGGCCGCGCACGACGCGCUCGCCGUCUUCACCUGCAUCCUCGUCGCACGGCACUGUUUUUCGCUGGAGGACUUCGUCCGGCACGCGGCACUGCCUUCGCUGGUGAAAGCUUUCAGAGGGUGCGGCCCGCUGCCCCCCAACGCUCCUUCGCCCGAUGCCGGCGCGCGGCUGACUUGUCAUCUACUGCUACGAUUGUUCAAGACUGUGGAUACUCCGCAGCCCGGGCUGUACAGCGUGUCGACGUCGCCGGGGCCGGGCGGCGCGGGCGCGGGCGUGCGCCUGUCGUGCGACCGCCACCUGCUGGCCGCCGCGCACAAGAACAUCGGCGUGGGGCCCGUACUCGCCACACUCAAGGCCAUCCUCAUGGUUGGAGAUUCGACAGCGCGAGACGGUGGUAAACCCGGAGGCAAGAAAUCUAGCGAGCUGUCGCACAUCCUGGGCACUAGCGACACCGUACCGACAGACGCUCAACUCGAUCUCUUGUCGAUGGUAGAUACAGAGAUGAGUGGGGGCCAUAGAACUCCUAGAGGCAGCGGCGUAGGUUCUACACUUCUAGAUUCUUCCCAAUCCCUGUCUUCCUUAGCGAGGCGUGUUCUAGCCGAGAUAUGUUCGGAAGAAUGGGUGCUACAGAAAUGCUUACAAAAUCCAGAUGAGUUAUACCAACCAGAUAUGCUUUUAGACUCAAUGCUCACCCCGAGACAAGCACAGAGGCUACUUCACAUGAUAUGCUAUCCCGAUUCAGCCAGUCACACCCAUCCAGACCUCGACCAGAAGACAAUGAUAACACGUCUACUUGAGAACCUGGAGCAAUGGUCGCUGCCCAUGUCGUGGCUAGACUUGCAGCUGAUGUUCAAGCAGUUCCCUAGUGGAUCUUCAGAGCUGAACGCGUGGCUGGAUACGGUGGCGCGAGCGGUCAUCAACGUGUUUCAGCAACCGGCACCGCCUCCGCCCGAUAAGGAUAGGAUGGGCACGGAGCGGGGUGUGGUCAGCACCAGCAAGUGGUCGGAGUCGGUAUGGUUGGUGGCACCACUCGUAGCUAAACUGCCAGCUGCCGUUCAGGGCCGUGUGCUCAAACAGGCUGGACAGAUAUUGGAGGCCGGGUGGGGCGCGGGUUGCAGCGGGAACUGUUCAAGCGGUGGCGGAGGCGGAGGUGGCUCUCAUCGUGACUGCAAAAGUCACCAGAGUCCCAGCUAUAAAGGGUCGGCGGGCGCGGGCGCGGGCGGCAAGCGCGGCGCGGGCGCGGCGGGCUGCGCGUGCGGCGCGGCGGGCGUGCGGCUGGCGCACGAGCCGCUGCUGUCGCUGGUGCUCACGUGCCUGCGCCACCAGGACGAGCAGAAGGAGGCCCUGCUGGGCUCCGUGCACGCGCAGCUCUCGCACUACCUGGCGCACGCGCGCGAGCACGAGCGCGACGCGAGCCACGACGAGGCGGCGCCCGACGCGCUGCGCCUGCGCUUCUCGCUCGCCGGCGGCAUGUUCGACGCCAUCCGCCGCUCCUACCAGCUCACGGCCGACUGGGCGCUGCUGCUCACGCAGCUGCUCGCGCACCAGCUCAUCGACGCCUACAACAACAGUCUGUGUCACAGCAAUUUGUUCACGACAUUGAUCGACAUGCUCGCUACUCUGAUACACUCGACGCUAGCCGAGGGCGGCGACGAUAACAAUCGGAAACACUAUCAGAAUCUGAUGAAGAAACUUAAGAAGGAGCUCGGCGACCGCUACGGACCUAGCGUCCAGGCUGUCAGGCAGCUUUUGCCCUUGUCGAAGAACACUAUUAUUGAGGUUAUAGCUUGCGAACCACUAGGCUGUCUCGUAGACCAAAAAGGAAACAAAAUACCAGGUUUCGAUAGUGAAAAAAAACAGGGACUUCGAUUAACGGACAAGCAGCGUGUAUCAAGUUGGGAGUUAGUGGAAGGUGGUAGGAACCCCGCCCCUCUUUCCUGGGCGUGGUUUGCAGCCACUAAGAUCGAAAGGAAACCACUUACAUACGAAAACGCUCAUAGGUUGUUGAAGUACCACACUCACAGUCUAGUGAAACCGCUAAGUUAUUACUUAGAGCCUUUACCCUUGCCGCCGGAAGAUCUCGACACAAACGACACCAAACAGGAUAAUGGAAGUUUAGAUUCGAGUCCGACGGGCUCUGGAAAAGGCCGCAAGAUGUCAUGCAAGAUGAAUAACAAGAUCAGUAAGAAACCGAAACCCACGACUCCAACAAACGGAGCGACAACACCGGGUGGCACACCGACUAAUGGCGCGGCGGCCGCACAACAGCCACAAUUCAUGCAGCAACAGCAAUGGUUCCCUCCAGCCGGGCAAGGCUAUUAUAAUCCACCAGCGGGAGUAAGUCCUCGUGGCGUGGCGCCUCCAUCUAACAAUCAAUCAAAGCAAGCUCUCAGUAACAUGCUAAGACAGCGACUGCCAUUUACGCAGAUGUCGCAGAUGCAGAGUGGAGGCUACCCGGGUGCACCACAUCCUCGAGGCCCUUAUCCAAGGCAAGGUAUGAGGCAAAUGCAGCCCAAUCAGAUGGGACAAAUGCAACCCAACCAAAUGAAUCCCAUGGGAGCUAUGGGUGGUAUGGGCCCGAUGGGCCAAAUGGGCGGUGUCCAAAUGGGCCCCGGACAAAUGAGCGCUCAAAUGGGCGGUGGGCAAAUGGGUGCAAAUCAAAUGGGUGGUGGACAAAUGGGAGGGGCGCAAAUGGGUGGUGGACAAAUGGGUAGCAGUCAAAUGGGUGGCAUGAGUGGUCAGAUGUUUAGCGGACAGUAUGGUGGUAUGCAACAAAACUACGCUUAUGGACAGCAAAUGAUGCAAGGAGGACAACAGCAAAUGAUGAACCAGGGCAUGGGUCAGAGUAACCAAAUGGGGCAAAUGGGUCAACCAGUUAAUCCUAUGGGGCAAGGAGUGAACUCAAUAGGCCAAAACGUUGGCCAAAUGAAUCAAGGUGUAGGACAAUCUGGGCAGAUACCUCAAGGAAUGGGUCAGAUGGGUCAAGGGAUGGGUCAGAUGGGACAGGCUAUGGGUCAAAUGAGCCAGAUGGGGCAAGGGGGUGGUAUCGGUGGUAUGAACAGCCAAAAUGCACCAAUGGGACCACAAGGUGGUAACGCUAUGGGCGGUUUCCCUGGACAACAGACAUUCCAACAGAAUAUGAUGAGUGGAAGAGCAAGUCAAGAGGCGUAUUUAGCACAACAGAGGCAAAAUGCUAGACCACAAUAUAUGCAGCAAGCACCAAAUGUAACAAUGGGAGGUAUGGGCGGACCAGCGCCGCCCUACCCCCGCGCCCUACAGCCAGGCCAAGCCGGGCAGUACCCACAAAUGGCGCAACAACGAAUGCGUCAGCAAAUGCUUGCCAUGCAACAGCAGACACCACUCGUCCAACAUUUGCAACGGCAACAAUAUCAACAACCCUAUUAACAUAAUUACAACUAAUGCUAUGAGGGGUCGUCCAUUAAUCACAUGUGACUUCAAAGGGGUCCGGCAAAAAAAUUUACGAAAUAUCUCAAAAGGAAGGAGGGGGGAACUGUAAUGAGAUAUCGUGUUCAUUUAUUUAUUUUGCAUUGAAAGCGAGAUUUCUAAACUAAAAAAACAACA